ACACCCCCCCCCACCCCGGCCUCCGGUUCCUGAACCCCCACUCGUCCUCCUCCUCCGCUGAACGCUCCUCUCCUCCACGCCUCUCACGCUCCCUCCCUUUCUCCGCGGCACGCAAGGAAUAUACCUUCUGUAGCGUCCCCUGCUUCCGCCCCCAUCCUGUAUUAGUGCCCCCCUGCCGCUCAAUUUACCGGGCUCUCUGCGCUCUCUCGCCGUCGGUUUGGAUCUUGGCCGCCUCGGCCGGUUCGCAAGGAUAGUCAACGAGCAUAGAGUUCAUGUUGCCUGAUUACCUUAGUUGCUGCUAUGUGGUUUAAGGUGUCGUCCAACCAUUCUGGAUAAAUUAGGUUGCAGGUGGACUUUAAAAACUAGCUGCCUGGUGAAAUUCGAAAUUUUCUCCUGUGUUCUAUUGAACUCACCUCAGAAGCUUGUUUGCACUAUGUCUUAUGUGAACUGUUUGAGGAAGCAUCCCUAUAGAAUUGUCUUUCCGUAUGCCAACUCCAUCCUCAGAGCUUCUUUAGAGAAAGGCUCCCCACAAAAGUCACUAAUGGACUAUAGAACUUUGCUCCAUUUCUCCGCUUUCUGCCCUGAUUACAGAACUUAUGCUCUUCUUCUCAAAGCUUGUGCAAGAUGCUCAGACCUCUAUGCUGCCAUGGAAAUCCAUUGUCAUCUCACAAAAGUUGGGCUCCUAUCUAAUCAACAUCUAACACCUCCUCUGCUCAAGUUAUAUAUUGCUCAUGAUCGCAUGCUGGAAGCACGUGAACUAUUUUGGUCAAUGCUGGAGUGGAGUACCGAUCCCUUCCAUGGUAAUUUGAUGCUUAUGGGACUCUUGAGGAGUGGACAGCUAGAUAAGGCAUAUCAGAUUUUCAAGAGGAUGCCUGUCAAGGAUUUGAUCUCUUGGAAUUCAAUGAUUGCAGGUGCAGUAAGGAGUUCGCACCUGAAAGAUGCAAUGAAUCUUUUUAGCAGGCUAGUCCGUUCAGGUCUUGUGCCUGAUGGCUUCUCGUUCUCCUCAGUUCUGUCAGCAUGCGCUAAAGCUGGUGCUCGCCGAUAUGGAGUGUGGGUGCAUCAACUGAUGACUGAAUUGGGGGUAGAAAUGAAUCAUAUCUUAAGCUCAGCACUUGUUGACAUGUAUGCUAAAUGUGGAAGAAUUGAUGUGGCAACUGAGAUAUUCAAUAUAGUCAAGAGAAACCAUAUUUCUGUGUGGAAUACAAUGAUUAGUGGUCUGGCAGCACAUGGUCUUGGAUCUGAUGUAGUGAUUUUGUUCCGCAAGAUGAAAAGUGAAGAAGUGGUUCCUGAUGGGGUUACAUUUGUUGCGCUCUUGACAGCAUGCAGCCACUGUGGUAUGGUUGAAGAGGCUCGGCAAUACUUCAAAUCAAUGACUACAGAGUAUUCUAUCACACCAGAGGUUGAACACUAUGGUGCAUUGGUGGAUACAUUGUCACGAGCUGGUUUGCUGGAUGAAGCAUACAACUUGGUAAAGUCGAUGAAUGUAAAACCUGAUGCUGUUAUAUGGAGGGCAUUACUUAGCGCCUGUCGCAGGUAUCGCCAAACAAAAUUAGGUGAGGUCACUGUUGAGCAUAUGGCAUGCCAUGGCAGUGGGGAUUACACCCUUCUUUCAAACAUCUACUCAUCAGCAAAUAGAUGGAAUGAUUCAGAGGAACUAUGGAAACAGCGGAAACAAAAGAAAAUUAGGAAAAGCAAAGGCUUGAGUUGGGUUGAGUUAGGGGGAAGCACACAUGAAUUUAAAGCUGGUGAUCGAUCUCAUCCUGAUACUGAGGAUAUAUACCGAGUGCUGCAUGGAUUAUCUAAAAGAGCUAAGGUUGAAGGUUAUGCUCCAUUGACUGAACUAGUAACAAAAGAUGUCUCAGAGGAGGAAAGAGAAGAAAACCUUGCCUUCCACAGUGAGAAGCUGGCAGUGGCUUAUAGUGUCCUUAAGACUAGUCCAGGGACAGAGAUAAUGGUGUCAAAGAAUCUGCAGACUUGCAGUGACUGUCAUGAAUGGAUAAAGAUAAUAUCAAAGGUACUUUGCCGUGUUAUAAUUAUGAGAGAUAGAAUUCGAUUUCACCGGUUUGAAAGCGGACGCUGCUCCUGCAAGGAUUAUUGGUAAACCUUUUCUGUAGCAAUGCAGAGGUGACCUAAUUAAAGCUAAACAAGCUGUUCCAAGGGGAUACGAUGGUUCAAGCACUUCGGUCACAUGGAGACCUUGGUUCUGUUCCUGCAUAACAAUGAGUCAAUGACAAAAACCCCUGGGAGACCUUUGGUUACCAGUUUAGCUGUUUGGUACAUGUACAAGAAGGGAUGGCAGACACAUGCAUAUUGUACACUCCUACGAAGCAUCGAAGUGAAGCAAUACAAGUGAACA